UUCAAUGCUUCGUGAAUUUUGUCCAUGCCAUCACCUGAAGAUCGCCUUAAGUCUCGUGCCAGGCUACACGUUUCCGCGACAUCAAGGAUCUUUUGACGAUCGACGAGCUUCGAAUACCCAUGCCACAAUAUGGAAAAUCUUCCAGCCUCAAUAUGUAGAGCCUGCCGACUCCGGCUGCUGAAGCCAUCAUCUCAAACACGAACAUUCAGUACAUCCUCCACUCGCAUGUACAUCCCUCCGGAGUCACCAGCUUUCGUCGAUGUCCCCGAGCCUCAUCAACCAAUCCGCGACCAGAAGCCGGUAGUCAAGGGCGUCCUUCCCGUCCCUCGAGAACUCUUCCCGGCCCGACGCCGCGACAAGCCUGGCAAAGAAUAUCUCGCCAAUGUCACGCGCGAUCCGCUACCCAAGAACGUCCCGCACCCAGACCAACUCACCGAGGUUGGCAAAUACAAGCAGCGGAUGGCUGAGAUGCGCAAGUCCCAUCUGCGCGAGGGCCUAAAGGAGCUGCACGUGCGCAAGACCACGAUCGACGCCCAGAUUGCGCACCGCAGCGAGACGAGACAGAAGGAGCACGCGAGACUGAAAUCCCAGCCACAGAGGGAAGAUGAGCGCCUGACCAACGUGUCGAUCCCGUCGGCGAUGCGGCCGCAAAAAGUUCGCGAGCUGUCCUCUGAGGAGGAGCUGGCGAUCUACAAUGCCCGCAAGGCGGCGCACGAUGCCCGUUUGGCGGCGAAACACGAAGAGCGUCUGGACAAGCUGCAUACACUUUACAUGAAUGCCAGGAACUUUAUCACAACUAGAGAACAGCUGACGGCAGCCAUCGAUGCUACUUUCACGUCGACAAGGAGCAUUUGGGACAGUGGCGUACCGGAUACCGUGGAGGAGAUGAUUAAGCGUGGAAGAGACAGGACGACAGACCAGGGCCGCGCUGGUGCGAGGUUCCCUGGAGAUGUUAAUGAAAGAGCACUUCGGGAUCAAGAGCGUAUGCAAAGAAUAGCGGAGAAGUUGAGCGGCGGAAAGAUCUGAGCAUGAUAAGAGAUAUCAUUAUCGAAAGAGGCAGAGUUGUACAAAUGCGCAGGCUGUGUGGAGGGAGUCUUGGUUGAUAUGACGCGGAGCAAUGCAUGGCCGGCACAUGUCAUUGUUGCGAUUGGGCGAGUGAAUACAUUGUAGUAUUUCUCGUCUACCUAGGUAUAUAUACCUAUUGCGCAGUUCGCGGUCCGAGGCAGUCGAUCUGUUUGAAUAGAGUCAAGUCCACUGUAAGAACUUUUCUCUCAUCAUGUGUACGUUGACCAUGUGACUUUCAGGAUCGCAGUUGUAUUCCUGUAGCUUGCUUCGGACGGCAUCAGGAGUAAUCCCGUGGUAGGUUGAACGCGGCGUUGCAACCUGGA